CCGCGAAGCGUACUUUGUGUUUUUAAUGUUUAUUUACAGUUCACUAUCCUUGUAAGUGUAUAGUUAGUUAACAGUCGAUCAAGAGCAGUAACGUUUGCCUGUCGUUAGCCACCAAGCUAAUACAAAUCCGGCCACUUGAUGCUCCUAUAUGAUAUGAAGUUAAUAAGGUUCCUCGCUGAAGCACAAUGCCUGAAGUGAAAUCAAUGUUUCGAGAGGUUCUGCCUAAACAAGGUCAGCUCUCCGUGGAGGACGUUCCCACCAUGGUCCUGUGCAAACCCAAACUCCUGCCUCUGAAGUCUGUGACGCUGGAGAAACUGGAGAAGAUGCAGCAGGACGCUCAGGAGAUCAUCAAACAACAGGAGCUGGCUUUGAAGGAGCAGCAGCCGCAGCCGCCUGAGAGAGCAGAGUAGUACACACUUCCAUCACAAUCUAAUAUCAGCACAUAUCACUCAUACAGUCAGCCACGGGUCAACUUUCAGAGAGGUUUGGAUUUUUGUUUGCCGUUUUGGUAGAAAUUAUAUUCAUGCAUGAGUUUAGGUGUGCUUAAGUUUAUAAGGCCUCAUAUGCACAUGAAUUAAAAUUUAGUUCAGUUUCAGAUGCAUGAUUCAUUCGUAACAGUUGCAACUCUGUUUCAUGGUUUCAAUGGCUAUAUGCUCAAAUAAUUUUUUUUAAAUGUGUAUAUAUAUAUAUAUAUAUAUAUAUAAAUAUAUAAAACUCACUGUAAUAUGGGUUACUGUCGAAUAAAAUGGAUUAAAUGGAUAAAAUGGACAUUGCACAGGUAUUUAAAUAGUUCUGUCUCGUUUUUAAGUACAUCCACUUUGUAAAUGUCAUUAAAAUAUAUAUUUAACUUAAAACUACUACAUCUUUUUUUAAAGAAAUGUGUAAUGUUAUUCAACAAGAACAUUUAAUAAAUCAAGUGACAUUUAAACUA